AUGGCGCUGCGCGAAGAGAUGGAGAAGGCGAGACGCGCGGGAGUUGCGCACGCGAUGCAUGCGCGCAGACUGGGGGCGGACGGCUGCGCUGACGUGGCGAUAGCGCGGACGGGACGGAUGACUGUGCGGACGGGGAAUGCGCGGACGGGGCUGGCGGGAGAGACUUGUUGCGAUACGGAGGGCAAGAAGAAAUUGCUGGAUGGGUGGAGGAUGAAUUCGACGCAGCCGGGAGAAAGGAGUUCGGAGGAUUCGGUUUCGCCCACGUUACCACCAAAUCUCGGCCUCGCAACUAUGGCUGCCGUGCGCUGCCGUUCCGCCGUUUCUCGCGGCGUGUGUGCGUCCGCGUCGCUGUUCGAUUCCCAGCUAUCACAGCGCAUCGCGAGCAUUCUUUGCUCCUCUUCCGAUCUUCCGCUCUCCGUCUCCUCGCCUCAUUCCGAGCCGCUGCGUGUGACGGGGCCUGCCGCUGGCCUCUCGCGCUUCCAUUCGUCUUCUUUUAUCGGCGCAGAUCCAAACGCAGGUUCCACCCCUUCGUCGCCAGCCGUCGCAGGCGACGUCGCACAGUCACCACUUCUGCCGCGUCUGCGAUCAUGGUUCGCAGCGCCCGACCUCACUCCGCCGCCGUUCGCGGGCCCUGCGGGCGGAUCUGAGGCGGGGAGCGGAGCGGACGGAGAGGCACGGGGGGACGCGCAAGGGCGGGGGGAAGCGCGGAUGUACGGAGGCGGCGCGCGGGGCGACGGGGAUCAGCGGGUGUACGGGCGGGACCCGCGGGGGUAUGGGCGGAACUUCCGCCCGCGCCCGCCUGUGGCGCGGCCGAAGUUGGAUCUUCUGGAGAAGUACAUGCACCCGUCGCUGAUGUCAGCGGAGGAGCGGCGGCAGGAGGAGCUGCGGGGAGUGAGGGAGCGGUUCAGAGUGCACGAGGGGGACACAGGGUCGAGUGAAGUGCAGAUUGCUCUGCUCACCUCGCGCAUUGCCUACAUGGCCAACCACCUCCAAACUCACAAGAAGGACCUGCACUCACGGCGGGGUCUGGAUGGAAUGCUGGCGCGGCGGCGCAAGCUGCUCAAGUACCUGCGGAGGAAGAACUGGGACUCGUACUGCCAUGUCAUUGCGGAGCUGGGGCUGCGAGACAGAGUGGACCUGCAAUCUUAG